UAGCAAAAGCGGACUGAAAGCGAUGUCACAGUAAAAUUCUUAUUGGUUCCUGUGUUGCUUUGAUCACCCUGUCCAAGUUCGCACAUCGACCAGUCGCAAAGUGGAAGUACAAGCAAUACGUGGAAGUACGUGGAUUCCGCAGGCUAAAGGCGCGGUCAACACACUGGCGACGAUCACUGGGUUUACACCGCGCCAAACAUGGGAAGCAAUUUUUCAAAGGACGGCUGUUUUCAGUAUCCAAUCAUGGAUAAGCGGAAAUUGGACACUCUGAGGAACUAUUUAUGUAACUACAACCCUCCUGAGGGCUGUGGAGGCUGUAUAAACAUCCUGCUCUUCGGCUUGGAGGCGGGUGGGAAAUCAUCGACCAUCAACACAUUCCUCUCGGCUCUGGAUCCACAAGGAGCGACCAUAACCUGUGUCCCGACAGGAAACAAUCCCGGGUCUCUCACACCAGAGCUCAGGUGCUACAGAGCAGGGAGUUUAAAGUUUUGGGAUUCAGCUGGAUGGAAUGCUCUGGGAAACACAGAUCAGACAAAGAGAGUGUUACAGAUGAUCCUGGAAGGGAGAGUACCCAAAAAAACAAACUUACACCGUUUCAAUCCUGACUCGGAUUUUGCCAACUAUCCUGUUAUGCCAGAAAAUGUAAUUCAUGGAGUCGCAUUCAUUUUUGACAUGAACACUAUAGACUGCAUCAGUGAGGAACAAAUGAAUGCAUUUAAGGAGUUACAGACGAUUGUUGCACAGAAAUAUACUUACAGGGUUGUGAUUGGGACCAAGUUUGAAGUACUAGGGAUACAAGAGAAUGACCAUAAGAGUAUUUAUGAAUACAAGCCACUGCAGGAUAAGUUUACAAAGUUGUCAGAAUUGACUGGGAUGGAGAAGCGUUCCAUGUUUGUGGUUUCAAAUCAAUGGAGAGGUGAUCAGAUCGAGAUGAUCAAAUGCAUCCUUGCUCUGUACAUUCUGGAGAAUAUGAUCAGAAACAUUGACAAGUUUCUCAAAGUGACUAAGUAAUGGCUACACCUGACCUUGUACAAAACUGUUGAACUGAUCCUGUUUCAGGAGCACAGUCAAUGUUUUAGCCUGAUAUAGAAGCUCACAUCUGUAAAUCAGCCGUAUGAAGGAGACUGAAAGCUGAGGAUUUUUCAAUUAUAGAGAUAGAAAGUUUCAAAACGUCACACAAAUUCCCUGACUCCAAAAUGAAGACAGUUUGAAAUCGGGUUUACUGUCAUUGAUUAAUAUGACCUGAAAUUUAUUGUUUUGCAGUAACAGUGCAAUGCAAAGACAUAAGAGUUACGAUAAAUUAUAGAGUACUACAACUCAGAAACAGGCCCUUCUGCCCAUCUAGUCUGUGCUGAAUGGUUAUUUGCUGACCCAGUUUACCACAUUAUGAAUGAAAUUGUUCAUAUACUGUAGAUGAAAAACAGCAAUGAACACUACACUGAUCCCUACGGUACACCACCAGUCAGAAACCUCCUGUGAGGGAAGCAACUAUCUACUACAGAUCUCUCUCUUCUCCUGAUAAACCAAUGCUGUGUAAAGGGGGGUAUCUUUUUUUCCUUUGUUUUGCAUAUGUUAAUCAAAUGCCUUCUUUGUUUUGUUAAAAGUAGGAAUGCUUCUUUGUUGCAAGAGAGUGCUGGAAGCUUGUUUAGGUUAAAAUUUACUGAUAAUGAGAAUUGUAUUCCUUUGUAAACCAAUUGGGAUUAAUAUUGUUCUUUCUUCUGAGUCUGUAAGCUAUUGUUGGUGGGCUUUUGGGGAGAUCGGCGCGAGGGGAUGAGAGAGAGAGGACGUGAUGCUGUGAACUGAGAGGGGAACGGACCCCAAGGGGGGGUCCAAGGCCAGGAGGUACCCCGAGGAGAGGAGACGAAGAUAGAUAUGCUUGGUUGACCACUUCGGGUGGUCCUGAGCUGUGAGUCGAGGAGUUCAGAAGGGAUUGAAUGGUGGCCAGAAGACUUCAGUAAUUGAGCUCCAAUGGUUGUGCAUGAAGUGGUUUGGACUUAUCAAAGUUUGGCGCCUUUGCUUUAUUUUCUUUUCCUUCAUGUAUACUGUAUUGUUAUUAAUUACUUAGUUAUAGUAAUCUUUAUAAACUGUAAUCAUUUAGUCGCA